AUGAGUGACAGAGUUCACGAGAGCGAAUUUGUUUCUGAAGCUGAAACUUCUCAGAGCGAUCUUGGGCUGGAGAUUGAAAAUACAAGUACAGGCAUGACUGAAGAUGUGGAUAUGGAUAUUUGUGAAAAUGAGUUGGUUGCACGGCUGAUCUUACAUGGAACAACAAAGCUGCACAUCCCGCCCACUACAAUGAACAAGAUAUUAAAGGAUGUUGCUUCUAUUGUCGAACUUAAAAUGGAUCAAGUAAAGAACAAAGUGUGUGACCGCUUUGAGAGGAAUUCAGAAGACUCUGGACAGAGCUUGAAGGAAGGCAUCCUUUCAGAUCUGGAGCAAAAUAUGCCUUUUAAUUCAUGCAGACGGAAUGGCGAGUUGUCGUCACAGCACCUGCAAAUGAAGUUCUUCAAGGAACAUUUUGGAUAUACUGAACCAGUAGCAAUUUCUCUAAGAAGUGACCAGAAGGAACAUGGUACAAUGCACUAUGUACCACUGACAGUGACCAUGCAACGAAUGUUACGCGACCCUUCUGUGACUUCACAAUUGGAGGCACUGAACAGCAGAAACGAUGCUGGCAUGUCAUUCUCCGAUUUCACUGAUGGGUCACUUUUUAAGGACGCAGACAUUUCCUUUUCAAGUAAUGAAAUACAACUGAUGCUGUAUCAAGACUCCUUUGAGGUUGUGAAUCCACUUGGCUCUGCAAAGCAGAAGCACAAGAUACUAGGGGUAUACUUCACACUAGGGAACCUGAAGCAGCAUAACCGCUCAAAGGUGGAUCAGCUUCAGCUUUGCCUCUUUUGUACUGAGAAGCUGUUGAAGAAGUUCGGCCACAGAGAAGUAUUUGGACGAUUAGUUGCAGAAGUGAAACAACUUGUGAUAUCUGGCUUGAGUGUUGAUAACAAACAUUACAAAUUCAAGCUUUCUUUCAUCCUUGGUGACAACUUAGGUGCCCACCAGAUCGGUGGGUUUCUAGAAUCAUUCAGUGGUGAAUACUUUUGCAGAUUUUGCUUAAUUACCAGGAAGGAAUUUCACGACUGCGUAACCACAAGUGGUGAAAUCCGAACACCAGAGAACUAUGCUGACUGUGUGGCUCACUUGAACGACACAGGCGCCGCAAACAAUAAAGGUGUUAAAUUCGAGUCCUUGUUUAAUGAGGUACCAGGAUUUCACGUGUGCAGAGGACUUCCACCUUGCCUAGGCCAUGAUGUCUUGGAAGGCGUUAUCAGUUACGAUGUUGCCAUUUUUUUGCGUUAUUUUCAAAGCAAGGGAUGGUUUUCCGUAAACCUUCUUAAUGCCCGCUUGGAGAAACUCCGACUACAAGGUCACGACGCUGCAGACAGGCCUCCAGCACUCAAGGAAGGAUUUAAGACACUUGGUGGUCAAGCUGCUCAAAAUUGGAUUUUUUUAAGGUUCCUGCCUGUCCUUUUGGCAGAUAUUAUUGAUCCUACAGACGAGGUGUGGCAACUCUUCCUUCUGCUUCGUGAUAUUGUGAACCUCGUUUGUGCAAGGAAGAUCUCACAGACUCAAAUAUUGUACUUGAACGAGCUCAUUCAGCUGUACCUUGAACUAAUUACAGAGCUAUUUCCAAGAGUGACAUUGAAACCAAAACAUCACUUCCUGUUACACUACCCAGAACUGAUUUUGAAGUAUGGCCCACUGAUCUGGCUGUGGACGCUACGAUUUGAGUCCAAGCAUUCAUACUGGCAAGAGUUUCCAAUAAUUUCGUAA